AUGGACAUCCUAUCUGAAGUUGGCGCCCCCGCCGUGGCCAUGGGAACGGCCCUUUCCCUUGCUGCCGGCGCCUACCUGAAUGCAAAACUAUCCAUCAGCACUGACUUGACUGUCUUGAAGAAUGACCGCGCCUUUGGGCAACGUCUCGGUGAGCGCAUUGGCAAGCUUGGCGAAUCUCCGACUAUUUACAAGAUGCUUCAACGAGUUGUCGAGGUUGAAGGCCAGGGUACUGCAGAUGCGCUCUGGUUUGAACACAAAACCUGGUCAUACAACCAAUUAAAAGAGUUGGUUGAUCGAUUUGCCGCCUUGCUGCACGCACGCGACGUGAAGAAUGGCGAUAUGAUCGGAGUAUUCACGACGAAUUCGCCCGAGAUGGUCGUCACCCUGUAUGCACUGUCUAAGCUUGGCGCAGUAGCUGCCAUGAUCAACACCAAUCUACGAGAUGACACAUUCAUCCACUGCCUCAACGUCUCUGGAUCCAAAUCGAUCAUCUCAACCCCAGAUAUCGCGCAGCAUGUUUGCGCUGAUCUCCCACACUUAUCAUUCCACUUCUCCUCCUUCGAGGGUGUGUCCUGCGGCGAUGUAGAGCUCAUCACGCAAGCCGAAUUGCAACAAUUCUCACCAGCCGGACUAGCACCCGCUAAGCGCACACCGAAGGAUCUCACAGCUUUGAUCUACACAUCCGGAACAACAGGCAAGCCCAAAGCCUGCGCUGUACGAAACAUGAUGGCCCUAAUAACCUCCAACCCGCUCUCUGCCGACGUCAAUGAUCCGUCUAGAUUCUACCCACUCCGCACAUACUCCGCCCUACCGCUCUUCCACGGCACAGCCUUCUUCACCGGCCUCUGCUACUCGGUAGGAAACGCCGGAACCCUCUGCAUGAGACGCAAGUUCUCAGCCUCGCAGUUCUGGAAGGACGUCCACGACUCAGGCGCCACUCGCAUCCUGUACAUCGGUGAACUGUGCCGGUACCUGCUCGGCACGGCCCCCUCCCCCUAUGACCGCGACCACAAGUGCAUCGCCGCGUCCGGCAACGGUCUUCGCGGCGAGAUCUGGGAGAAAUUCAAGAGUCGCUUCGGUGUGCAGGAGAUUCGCGAGUUCUAUCGCUCAACGGAGGGGUUGGCUAAGUUCGACAAUCACGGUCCGGGCGUGUGGGGUGCUGGAAAGGUUGGAUUUUCCGGCCCCAUUCGUCGGUUCUUGGAAGAUGAUACAUUUAUUGUCAAGUAUGAUAAUGAUACGGAGAUGCCGUUCCGUGAUCCUGGGACUGGGUUCUGCGUGAGGGCUGGGUUGGAUGAGGAGGGUGAGGCUAUUGGUCGUGUGCGUGAUCGUGGCUUGUUGACGGAAUACUUGCACAACACAGAAGCUACUGAAGGGAAGCUUCUUCGGGAUGUUUUUCAAAAGGGUGAUCUUUUCCAGCGGACGGGUGAUUUGGUCGUGCAGGAUCGAUCUGGAUGGGUUAGGUUCCAGGACCGUGUUGGCGAUACUUUCCGCUGGAAGGGCGAGAAUGUCAGUGCCGGAGAGAUUCGCGAUCAUAUUUGUCGUAUUGAGGGUGUCCAUGAUGCUGUCGUGUAUGGCGUCAAGCUUGCUGGAUAUGAUGGUCAAGCUGGCGCUGCAGGUAUCACGCUCGAGGAGCAUUCCCCCGCCUUUGAGGCUGAGCUUGCUUCGAAAUUAUACCCUGAGCUGAAGAAGCGUGGUGUACCAUCAUAUGCUUUCCCUCGUCUUGUACGAUUCAUUGAAAAGGUUUCCACUGGUGUUACUUUCAAGCAGGCUAAAGGUGAUCUGCUGAAGAAGGGAUGGAACCCCAGCCAGGACUCUGCUGGUGAUAGCCUAUACUGGCUCAACGGAACUAAUUACGAGAAGCUUGAGGACAACAGCUGGUCUUCCAUCGAGAGUGGCAAGGCUAAGCUGUAA